UUCUUGACAAGUCUUCGAAGCUUUACCACUCACUGCUCAUGCCAAAAUGACUACGCUGCUCACUGUGAACACAGUGGUUUAUCCUGAUGUUGAAUAUGCCGACACUGAAACCGUGUUCCUGCAGCCGCUAAUUGUUAUGGUCUGCUUUUCUGGACCUGUACCUCAACGUCUCAUUCAUACAGACAUUCCUAUCGAAAUCUCUGCAUCUAUUUCCGAGGAAUACAAGGGGAUUACCUUGCCAGUCAUUCAUGCAAAGGCAUGGAGUGCUCACCAAUCUGAGCGAUCAACUCAUUCCAUCGCUUCUUUACACAUCGUGCCAGGCAGCAUUGAUCAAGAAGAUUCUGCUGGGGAUUUCCCAAUCCCAUUCUUGCCUCUGGCCUCUACGUUCGACCCCAUGGAUACCUGUCACUGGGCCACGCUGUCAAAAGACACCGAACGGUGGCUUGUGAAUGACGUAUGGACGACAUCUGUUCCCCAGUGGGCUUGGGGUCGUGAUGCCUUCUGGCUUGCAUACAUUGCUGCUCAUCCGAUGUUUCCCAAUGGAAGUUGGUCUGCGUGGGAUCCAAGGAUCCCCAUGGAGGGACAGUUCAUUGAAGAAUGGCUCAAUGAUGAUGGGAUGAAUGGUAGCGCUGAUGGGAUGUCUAGCAAUGAAACAGCCGAGCACCCGCUAUUGUCCAACAUCUGGGAAUCCUUCAGUAGACACAUUGCACUUUUCUAUCCUUUUGUCUUGAUUCCUGUCAGUUGAGCUUCUGCAACGUAUGCCGUCUUGUUCUGUCAUUCCUUUACACUGCAUCUGUAUAUACGGUAGCGACUGUUAACAUUCUGCUGUGUUGUAUGACUUGUAUGCAAUAUGCUAUUGAAUGACUUCUCGGAA